GGCUGAGUUCCUCGGGAACAGGCUGCUUUUCGGAGGAAAAAGCCGGACGGAUUCCAGCCUGAGCGGGAGCCUCGCAGCGCGACUGAGAGCGAGAGCGCUAGCUGGGAGUUGGGCAGCCCCAGGGAGCUGUCCCGCUUUUUCUCUCUCUCUCUCUCUUUUUUUCCUCGCCGCUUGCGAGGAUCGAGAGGCGCAUCUGGACGGAGGCGGGGAUUGCCUAGAACGAAAAAGUAAAAAAAAAUGGCAAAAAUGGAGGUGAAGACAUCUCUUCUCGACAAUAUGAUUGGGGUUGGAGAUAUGGUUCUUCUGGAGCCCCUUACUGAGGAAACCUUUAUCAGCAAUCUCAAACAACGCUUUGAUCACAAUGAAAUAUAUACUUACAUCGGGAGUGUGGUGAUAUCGAUAAAUCCAUAUAGAUCACUCCCAAUUUAUUCAGCAGACAAAGUGGAAGAAUACAGAAACAGAAACUUCUAUGAACUCAGGCCUCACAUUUUUGCCCUGUCUGAUGAAGCAUAUCGAUCAUUGAGAGACCAGGAUAAGGACCAGUGUAUACUUAUAACUGGAGAGAGUGGAGCUGGAAAAACAGAAGCCAGCAAGCUUGUCAUGUCUUAUGUGGCAGCAGUUUGUGGCAAAGGAACAGAAGUUAAUCAAGUAAAAGAACAACUUUUACAAUCUAAUCCAGUACUUGAAGCUUUUGGAAAUGCCAAAACUGUAAGAAAUGAUAACUCGUCUAGAUUUGGAAAAUAUAUGGACAUUGAAUUUGAUUUUAAAGGUGAUCCACUUGGAGGAGUCAUUAGCAACUAUCUCUUGGAAAAGUCCCGUGUUGUUAAACAGCCCAGAGGUGAAAGAAAUUUCCAUAUUUUCUAUCAAAUUCUGUCUGGAGGAUCAGAAGAUUUGCUCAAAAAACUUAAGUUGGAGAUGGACUUCAGUCGAUAUAAUUACUUGGGUCUGGGCUCUGCAAAAGUAAAUGGAGUAGAUGAUGCUUCAAACUUCAGAACACUUAAGAAUGCAAUGCAGAUCGUGGGAUUUAUGGACCAUGAGAUCCAGUCAGUAUUUGAAGUUGUUGCUGCCGUUUUAAAACUGGGAAACAUUGAAUUUAAACCAGAAUCUCGUGUGAAUGGAUUAGAUGAAAGUAAAAUCAAAGAUAAAAAUGAACUUAAAGAAAUAUGCGAGUUGACAGGCAUUGAUCAGUCAGUUCUGGAAAGAGCUUUUAGCUUCCGCACUGUUGAAGCCAAGCAGGAGAAAGUAUCUACAACUUUAAAUGUAGCUCAGGCUUAUUAUGCUCGGGAUGCUCUGGCAAAGAAUCUUUACAGUAGACUGUUUUGUUGGCUUGUUACCAGAAUCAAUGAAAGCAUUAAGGCACAAUCCAAAGUAAGGAAGAAAGUAAUGGGGGUUUUGGACAUCUAUGGCUUUGAAAUUUUUGAGGAUAACAGCUUUGAACAGUUUAUUAUUAACUACUGCAAUGAGAAACUGCAGCAGAUCUUCAUUGAGCUUACUCUAAAGGAGGAGCAAGAAGAAUAUAUACGAGAGGUGAUGUAUCAGGUAGAAGGGUUUGUUGAUAAGAAUAAUGACCUGCUUUACCGUGAUCUGUCCCAAGCUAUGUGGAAGGCCAACCACUCCCUCAUUAAAGCACUAUUUCCAGAAGGAAACCCUGUCAAGAUUAAUUUGAAGAGGCCACCAACAGCAGGUUCCCAGUUCAAAGUUUCUGUGGCAACAUUGAUGAGGAACUUGCAAACAAAAAAUCCCAAUUACAUCAGAUGUAUUAAACCUAAUGACCAAAAAGCAGCACAUAUCUUUAGCGAUGCUCUUGUGUGCCAUCAAGUUCGAUAUUUGGGACUGCUGGAAAAUGUCCGAGUUAGAAGGGCAGGAUAUGCAUUCCGUCAAACUUAUGAGCCUUGCCUUGAAAGAUACAAAAUGCUUUGCAAGCAGACAUGGCCACAAUGGAGAGGCCCUGCGAGAAUUGGGGUUGAGGUCCUUUUUAAUGAGCUGGAAGUCCCUGAAGAAGAGUACUCCUUGGGUAGAUCAAAAAUAUUCAUCCGCAAUCCAAGAACCCUCUUCAAAUUAGAAGACCUAAGAAAGCAACGUCUUGAAGGUUUGGCUACAUUAAUCCAAAAAAUUUACAGGGGCUGGAAGUGCCGCACAUAUUUCCUUCUCAUGAAAAAAAGUCAGAUUGUGAUUUCCGCCUGGUAUAGAAAAUAUGCGCAACAAAAGAAGUACCAGCAGAUCAAGCGCUCUGCCAUCAUUGUACAGUCUUACAUCAGAGGAUGGAAAGCGCGAAGGGAACUGAGGCGACUGAAGGAGGAGGCUAGGAAUAAACUUGCUAUUGCAGUUAUUUGGGCUUACUGGCUUGGAUUAAAGGCUCGAAGGGAGUUGAAACGCUUGAAGGAGGAGGCUAGGCGUAAGCAUGCUGUGGCAGUCAUAUGGGCUUACUGGCUUGGACUAAAGGUUCGUAGAGAGUACAGGAAAUUUUUCCGAGCCAACGCUGGAAGGAAAAUUUAUGAAUUUAUCCUUCAAAAAAUUAUUCAAAAAUACUUUUUGGAAAUGAAGAAUAAGAUGCCUUCUUUAUCACCAAUAGACAAAAACUGGCCAGCAAGGCCUUACCUGUUUUUGGAUUUAACUCAUAAGGAACUGAAGAGGAUAUUCCACUUGUGGAGGUGUAAAAAGUACAGGGACCAGUUUACAGAUCAGAAGAAGCUCAUUUAUGAAGAAAAACUGGAAGCUAGUGAACUUUUCAAGGACAGAAAAGCUUUAUAUCCAGCCAGCGUUGGACAGCCUUUCCAGGGGGCUUAUCUUGAAAUCAGUAAGAACCCCAAGUACAAGAAACUGAAAGAUGCCGCUGAAGAAAAAAUUAUUAUUGCUGAAGUAGUAAACAAAGUCAAUAGAGCAAAUGGAAAGUGCACAGCUAGGAUUUUCUUGCUUACAAAAAAUAAUGUCCUACUUGCUGAUCAGAAAUCAGGCCAAAUCAAGACAGAGGUUCCUUUGGGGGAUGUCACUAAAGUGUCCAUGAGCUCUCAAAGUGAUGGUUUCUUUGCUGUGCAUCUCAAAGAGGGAUCUGAAGCAGCUGGAAAGGGUGAUUUCCUGUUCAGCAGUGAUCAUCUGAUUGAAAUGGCCACAAAGCUCUACCGCACAAUGCUUAGCCAAACCAAGCAGAAGCUCAGCAUUGACAUAUCUGAUGAGUUCCUGGUUCAGUUCAGGCAGGACAAAGUGUGUGUAAAAUUUGUACGAAGCAUCCAGAAAAAUGGCAGCAUCCCCACUUGCAAGCGAAAAAAUAACAGACUUCUUGAAGUUGCAGUACCAUAAUGAUCCACAUCCAUACCUUACAUGGACUCAGUUCCUACAAUGGUGCAAUUUUAUCCAUGGGAGGGAAUUUUGUGGAAUGGCGAAGAGCAUUCUAUUCUGGCAGUGGCAAAGAGCUUUUUGGAAAGCUGUUGCUAAAAGGUGCAACUAAUCUUUUCAAGGCACACGUUUUUAAUUUUCAUAUGAUAACUUUUGGUUGAUAUAUACACUUUUUGGUUUCCGACAGUAUAAUAUGAACAGGCAAUUUUUUUUCUAAUUCCUUUGUUGUUUUUUAAAUUUCUUAAUGCUGCAUGUUACAAACCCUCAGGCUUUUAUGGCCAUUCUUGAUCUUAAAUUAGAACCCUGCCCUACCAGCUGUUUAGGUUGUCAGAAUAGCUGGAUGGUGAUCCCUCGUUUUUCUUCUUCUUGGGAUUUCUUCCAUGGUAAAAUUCAGUCCAAAGCAUUAAUCAAAAAGAAACAUAGGAGCAACUGGCAGAUUCUGAGACUGAAAGCUAUAUUGUUAAUUGCAAACAGCAUUAAGCCAUAUGUAAAAUGAUCUUUAAAGGAACAUAGGCCAGGAAACUCUAAUUCUGCAAAGCAGAACAUGUGUGUGAUCAUAUAUGCAAUACAUCUUUUUUUUUGCAGUGGAAAAAAGUCAGUGGUACUGCAUUUUCUAAUUGAGAACUUUUAAUGACUUUACAAGAGGAAGGAGUAACAAUAACCAUGUAGCUCAAGACAGGGUUUUUGCUUUGUGUGCUUCCUCCUAUUCCCACUUUUAAUAUAACUUUUAACUAUAAUUCCAAAACAUGCCAUUGUCUGCAUGGGAAAACAGAGGGUAAGUAAUUUAAACUUGUUGAAUGAAGGGUGCGAAUACAUGUUGUACCAUGUGCAAUAAAACAUUCAUACAACUUGUGAAAAUUAUUUAUAAUAAUAUCUGUAGGUAAUAAAAAUGGUUGGGACAUGCUGAGUAUGCCUUGUUAUAAAGGGCUGACAUUAGCUUCACAGUACGCUAAGUUUGUUCCCUGGAUCUACACUACAGUUAUCACUUUGAAGAAAAUAAUCCUUGGGGGGGACAAAUAUACAUUUAAUGUUAAAUGAUAAACAAUUGUAAUGUGCUAUUUGGUACUCUUGUCAUAUUUUUAUAUCUCAACUGGUUUUAUAUAAGUUGGUGUGCCUGAUGCGUAAAGUGUGCACAGAAGCACUUUACAAUAAAGAACUGCAUUCUAAACUUUCCAAGGACCGGUUGCAUCUUAAAAGAAUUGUAUGAGCCAGGAGAAUUAGCCAAAAGCAUUGGUUUUUGGAAUGUUGUUUUCAAGUGUUUCAGUAGACAUUAGCUAAAGGAGAUGGCUGAAUGUGUUUUGUAUUGUUCAUGUAAGAAUGAUUUUAGAUCUGUUGUAUUCUCAGUCUGGUUAAGAAUUUGCCUUCAAGGAGAGAUUACUACCAAGAAGUGUGAUGCUAAACAGCCCAAGUUUAAAUAAAAAGAAGCUU